AUGGUUCAGAGGCCUCGCCUUCCUGUUCUACCUACACCUGUAAUGCCGAUGCCUGGUAGCACACAGUUACCUGGAAGUUCACCAUUAAUCCCAGGGAUUAGGCCUCCUGUUUUGCCAAGACCCCUUGGUGCUCCAGCGAUGGCACCUAUGAUGGCUCCACCUAGUGCUCCUUCCUUACCUGCUCAAUUAAAUCCUAUUCCAAGGCCUCCUGGUAGUGUAGGCACAACAGUUCCUGGAAGCAUAGCAGCACCCACCUCUUCCAACGAUGCACCACUUAUGGUCACACCACCAUUGUAUCAAGCCAAUGCAGUGGCAUCAACAGGUGGAGGCUGUGAUAGUCUCAAUGCCAACACUCAAGCUCCUGAUGCUAAUCAUUAG